AUGCUGGCCGGCGGCCUGGUGGCUGGCCACGCCUACUCCGUGCUGAAGGUCGUGGAGGCUGCCGGCAACCGCCUCGUGUGCUGCCGCAACCCGUGGGGCACCGGCGAGUGGACCGGCAGGUGGUCGGACGAGAACGCUUUCGGAGAGUGGACGGACGAGGUGAAGGAACUCACAGGCUACCAGGCGCUUGAUGACGGGAAGUUCUGGAUGAGCAUCGAGGACUUCGUGGCGAACACUUCGGGAGUGGAUUAUUGCCGCUUUUUUGGCCCUCACUGGAAGAAGGUGACGCAGUACGCGCGCUUCUUUGAGCAGCCGUUGGAAGCCAUCGCUAUCGAGGAUUUCUCUUCGUCGAAGCGCGACGAGCUGUGCCUCUCGGCUGGCGACCAGAUCCAGAUCUCCUCUUGCAGCUCGGACUUUUGGAAGGGGCGGCUGAAGGGCAGCAAGAAUGAGGGCUUCUUCCCUGCCGACAGCGUCCGCUUGGCGAGCCGCCCCGUCUCGCGCUUCGACCUCGCCGGCGCCCCCGACGAGGGCGCCGACGGCCCGAUGACCGUGGUGGUGAUGCUGAUGCAGGUGAAUUCCAUGAUGCAGCGGAAGUUCCACAGACGCAAGCAGGACGGGCUGAACUACAAGGACACCUCGUACCCGAGCCUGCAGCUCAUCGUGGUCGGGCCCGACGGCACGCCAGCGUUCCGGGAGGACCCCGCCAGCCCCCAGCGUAAUCCGGCACUGCCGCGGGAUCUCAAAUUCAACAUCAUCCGCGUAGACUACGCGUACAUCCUCGUGUGCCACAUCAUGCUCGCCUCCAGCACGGAGUUUAAAGCUCAGGUCGACGAGGCUCUUGCGCUGGCUGCCGUGGCUGUAAGACAGGAGGACCAAUUUCGUGACCGGCAUCGUGUCGACUUUUCGGUCGUCGCGGCUCCUCCUGCUGGCCCGAGGCACGCCCCGUUGGACAGACACUACAGCGACGCCUUCGACUGCGACGAGGCUCCUAGCCGCAGCAAGGAGGUGCUGCCGCGUGGCACGGCCCCCGGCCUGGACGCGCGCGUGGUGCCGGCCGCCAUGGAGGGCGGCCUUGCCCUAGCGUGGCAGGACGGCGAGUCGAUCCUGCUGCAGAGGUUCGGGCACGACUGCGCCGAGGAGGGGCCGCGGUCCGAGGUGAAUUCCACGCGCGAGUUCUUCCGCCAGCCGGCGGCCAGCGGUCUCCACGACGUCGUGGGCCUGCGCGGCGGCAGCGCGGCCGUGGCGUGGACGCUGCACGGCCACGUGUGGGUGCGCCUCGUGGGCCCGUACGGCCCCCUCGGCCCGCCGCGGCGCGCCAGCGGCCCGGGCGACUGCGACCGGACACAGGUCCGGUUGUCCGCGAGCUCUGUGGACGGCAGCUUCGCAGUCGUGUGGAGCAGCUGGGGGCAGGACGGCGACGGAUGGGGCGUGUUCGCCAGGCUCUUUGACCGCAUGGGCCGCCCCGUGCACGAGGAGCGGCAGGUGAACUCCGAAUGGCGUCACUUCCAGUGGCAGCCGCAGGUCGCCUGGUGCGGGGACUCGCUGUGGGCGCUGUGGGUGAACGGCACCAGCGGCUACUGCAACGGCCCCAGGGAUGCCUGCUCCACGGGGCCUUUCGUGCGCCGCCUCGUCAGCGGUGGCGAGUGGGCGCCAGGCGAGGAGGUGGACUUUGCUGGCGAUGGGCCCGUGGCCGCCACCCUCUCGUGCGCCAGCCAGCAGCCCUGGGGUGGCGCGCUGGCUGUGCUCUGGCUGCCGCACUCUGGCAGCGAGGUGCGGUGGGAGUACGUCGAGGCCGUCCCGAGCAGCGGCCUGCCACCGGGACCGCAGCUAGGCAGGCGACUUGCACCACAGCAGCCGGUUUUCGACCCGCAGGUGGGCGCGGUUGUCCGCGACGACGCGCUCGGCAUGCUCGGCUCGCCCCAGGUCGCGAUAGACGUCGGCCAGGUGUCGAUGGUCGCCCACGGGGGCCUGAUGGUCCUGAUGACCAGCGACAGGGCCGGCUCCCUCGGGGCACAGCUGAUGAACUACGGGGCCACUGCCCAGCCGGUUGCCUUCCCACGUCGACAGGUGACGUCCGGCGUGCAGCUCACCAGGGCGGCCUGGGACACAGCCGAGGACCUGGCCCUCGUCUCCUGCUGGGCCGCAGGAGGUGCCCUCGGGUCCACUGACCCGUCCACCUUCGUGUGCGCGCGGCGCAGCUUGCGGUGGUUUGUUGACGUUUCUGCGGCGCCAGGGCUGAGCUCCGUGCUCGCCUUCAGCAGUGCGUUCAGCCUGCUCUACCUGUGCUGCUGCUUCAGCCGCUGCUCGCGGACCCUCCGGGAGUUUGCCGCGUCGGGUGCUCUUGGCCUAGUUCCCGCACCGCAGUCGCAGCGCGACCUCCACUUCAGGCGCACGCGGAUGAGGCGCCUGCUCGAGAUGCGUGCGACGCUGGCGGCGCUGCCCGGCAGAUAUCUGCGCACUCCGCCCGGCAGCGAGGGCGCCGCCAUCGACCAGGACGGCGCGGAGAACACCGCAGACUCCGGCGACGAAGACGCCAUGUGCCCCAGCUCCGCGGCGGGCGGGCGGGAGGGGUGCUGCUCGAUCUGCCACGAGGAGGUGGCGGUGCGGGUCGCCCUGCGGCCGUGUGGGCACACGGCGUGCAGGGACUGCACCAUCAGGCUGGCCGAGACGAGCCAGCGCUGUCACAUCUGCCGCGGCCCCGUGCACGGCGUGCAGCCCGUCUACCUGUGA